UAUUAGCGUGCGGCAAGGUUAGUGACGCAAUCACAUUGCAAGCACUGUGGUGAAGGACGUGUGGAGAACGAGACACAGUAGGAUUCAGCCUCUACCGAGACAGUAGUUAUGCCGAGAGGAAGCCGCAGCCGAACUUCACGGAUGGCAGCGCCUGCCAGCCGGGCACCCGUGAUGAGGCCUGCUCCGCCACCUGCAGCACGCCUGCCUGCAGCACCUGCUCCUUCUGCAGUUGGACCAGCAGCAGCCCCUAGACAACCCGGUCUGAUGGCACAAAUGGCAACCACAGCGGCUGGUGUAGCCGUUGGUUCUGCAGUGGGGCAUACUUUAGGACAUGCCAUCACUGGAGGCUUUGGUGGUGGAAGCAGUUCUGAACCUGCAAGAGCAGACAUCACUUACCAGGAACCUACUGCUCCUCAGCCAGCGUACCAGCAGCAGUCUCAGUACACUCCAUGUCAGUAUGAGAUGAAACAGUUCCUGGAGUGUGCUCAGAACCAGGGCGACCUGAAGCUGUGUGAGGGAUUCUCAGAGGUGCUCAAACAAUGCCGCUUUGCAAAUGGUUUAUAAUGAACAUAGGAGAAUGUUAUUGAAUAGAAAUUGCUGGACCUGAAGAUUUAGAGAUGACGAACACACAAAUCACUUUGUGGAGUAAUUCUUUAACAAGUCUUAUGUGUGACGGGAGAUGUGAAAGAAUGGUUGUAGAGGAAGCUGUCUGGCAGGAUAUAUCCUUGUCUGUAAUGUCAUAUUUUUUUUCUAUUUAAAUAAAACCUUCAAAUCUGGAAUAA